CGACGAGCAGAAAGAGUAAACGUAAUAAAGAGAAGGGAGAAAGUGACGUUGGUAUAUAAGCACUUGGCCAUGACUUUGAAAGCAUCAAAGUGAUCGUGGCGAGUUAACACGACAGGUUGCCGAGGAUUCGCUCUUGUGUGGAAAUCAUGAGAACUCUAGUAUUCACCGCUUUAAUUACCUUAGUAUGUGCCUCCUACGAAGAGGAUCAUGGCAGUUCCACCUAUCAUGAGACAUCGAAACCCGUGGAAAUUCCAAUUUACAAAAAAUACGCUAUACCAAUUCCACAUCCAGUUCCAGUUCCAAUUCCACAACAAAUUAAAGUCCCUAUUCCGCAACCUUAUCAAGUCGAAGUUCCAGUGCCGCAUCCAGUGCCCGUAGAAGUAGUGAAGCACGUUGAAAUUCCAGUAGAAAAACCUGAGCCCUAUGUGGUGGAGAAAAAGGUACCAUACGUUGUUGAGAGGCCAUAUCCAGUGACAGUUGAAAAGCACUUCCCGGUGCCUGUUCCGAAACCAUACCCGGUCCACGUACCUGUCUACAAGCACGUAUUCCAUCAUCAAAGCAAGGGGCACGGUUGGAAGCACUGAUCUUGAGAGUCGUCUUUCCAAAUUUCAGACAAUUAGGCAAAAAAAAAAAUAUAUAUAUAUAUGUAUUUAUAUAUGCACACCAAACCGAAAAUUAUAGUUUCUUGACAUUAUGACACUUGUACAUAGUUCACUAUUGUUGUAAUUAUACUAUUUUUGUAUUGUUUAAAUAAAUUGUUUUUGUUUUCAUAAUAAU